GAAGUCAUGGUUGAUGAGCAGAUCUGUUCUUUGAAUCAUCUCAGAAGCAACAAUCACGGCACAGAAGAGGACUGGGUUUCCACUGCACAAAGAUUAUCACGGUGUGGUUCACUUCAUGAAAUGUCUGGAUUCAGCCACUUUCUUCUGAGCCUGUGUAUUUCAGCAUGCAUUCUCUGCAGUUCCACAGCAUGGUAUGUGCACAUCCCAAGGUAUAUCAACGCCCUGAAGGGUUCUUGCCUUGUUAUCCCAUGCAGUUUUGACUACUAUCAGCAUCCACCCACUAGACCAAAUCGUGUUGUGUGGUACCAGUAUGUGAACCAUGGGUAUCCUUUGGUUUGUGACGACUGGUACCCAAAUGAUGUCAUACGCAUAUUUAAAGGGAAGACCAGGGUAUAUACAGCUGACAGGAAAUGCACUCUUAUGAUCGACCCCGUGACCGAGUCUCACCACAGCCAGAAGAUCUACCCCUGGGUGGAUCCAGAGAAUGUGGGGAGAAGUACUUACCGGUUCUUUGACACAGCUGUGACAAUUCAAGUACAAAACAGUGCAAAUCAACCAUCUAUCGUGAUCACUGGAGAUAUGAAAGUGGGACAAUCUGUCACAGUGCAAUGCAGUAUUUACCACACCUGUAGUAUUUAUCCACCCACCUUGAGUGUCAACAUCCCACUGCGGAGCCACUCACUUGUUCAUCAGAGCCUGUCUGAUGGUACAUCCAAAACUACUUUGACAACCAUUUUGUCCAUAGAGAAGGACCAACAGACUAUACAGUGCUCAGCCCGACACAGAGGUGGCAUCACUCAAACAGCAUCGACCACCCUAAAUGCACAAUGUUCUGUUUUUCCACUCACCAUCACCAAUGCUCCUCAUGAAUUUCUUGAGGGAGUCGCAAGCUCAGUGGUCUGCACUGCCUCAUACACAUGCCCUCAACAAGCUCCAACUCUUACAUGGAACUAUGACAACAUGCCGGCUUCCACCAAAUCUACCCAAAGUGGGAGUGCUAAGUGGGUGACUGUUUCCACACUGAAACUGACAGCAUCAGCCAAGGAUCACGGAAAGAAUUUGAUAUGCUAUGCUCACUUUGAUACUGGACGGAGGCAGGACACCAAAAUCACCAUACGUGUAAAAAGAAAUAUGGUGUCUCGUGACUGGUCCUUCAGCGCUCCUGGAAGUAUCACAGCCAUGAAAGGCUCCUGUGUUGUCAUUCCAUGUACAUUCACUUACAAAACCUCUCAACCCGCUGGCCUCCAGGUUAAAUGGUAUUUGUACAACACAAACGCAUAUCCGCUUGUCUACGACACAAGUGGGACUGUGGUCAGUAAAUUUAAUGGCAGAACCAGCCUGAUUGGAUCAGUGAUGGACGGAAAUUGCAGUCUUAAGGUUGAGAGGCUCGAGAUGACACACAACCAGGACAGAGUUUAUCCAUGGGUAGAUAAGAACCCAGUUACCUCCUACCAUACCCUGGGUAGCGCAUUUUAUGAUAAAACGACUCUAAUUACCAUAUCAGACCAAGCACAGGAACCACAACUGAAUAUCAUUGGUAUCCCAAGAGUGGGAGCGCAAAGCAGAGUGUCUUGCAGUGUGCAGCAUACAUGCAUCUAUGCUCCCCCCAUCCUGACUCUAAGUGGUGUAACAGGACAAGACAUCAUCAAGGACACACUGGUAUCUGAUGGAAUUUGGGAGAGACGCAUUGAACGAGCUUGGACUGUAAAAGAGAAGGACCAGAGUGUGACAUGUAGUGUUAGCUACAGUGGUGGCCAGAAAGCCUCAAGUGGCCUUCAGUUAAAUGUUGAAUGUCCAUAUGAAGACAUUAAGAUGAUUCACCCACCGGUUGAGGCCACGGAGGGUGUGGCUAAGAGUGUCGUUUGUUCUGUUACCUACAAGUGCAAGAAAAAUACACCAAACAUCACAUGGAACUUUGAAGAUUUGCAGAGUUCUUUAUCUACAAAACAACUCUCUAUUGAGGAUUAUAAGACAGAGUCAAAUCUGACCUUUAUUGGCUCUCUUGAGGAUAACGGUGCCGCAUUGAUCUGCACUGCACAUUUUGACCAUGGGGAGACCUCCGACUCUCAAACCCUUCAAAUAAACAAAUAUGAGCCUCAGAUUGAAGAAAUUGAUGCACGUGAACAUGACACUGUUUGGAACGCUGACGUCCCGUUCAGGUUCAGUGCCCUGACAGGCUCCUGCGUGGUGGUUCCCUGUCACUUCCAGUACCAGGGAGAUUUAUAUUUGUCACGUGGAAUCUGGUCCAAAAAAACUGGAGGUGUUAUUUAUCAUAAUGGCCGGAGUAACAUACUUGACCAUUUCAAGGAUCGCACAAAAAUAAUAGGCAAUCUGAAUGAGGGAAACUGCACACUGGAGAUUGACAAAAUUAAGCCUUUUGACAAUGGACCCUUCUGUUUUCAAGGACAGAUAGAAAACGUCAGACACAAAUUCUACAACAGCUGUGUUUUUCUCACCAUGAGAGCUUCCCCAGAAAAGCCGGUGAUGACACUGGGUCUAACAGAAGUGGAUGCUGGUUCAACUACGACAGCUUCCUGUUCUGUCACGCACACGUGUUCGACACAUCACCCACAGUUUUCGUGGAAUGUUGCUGUUCUCACCAAUAAGGUCGAGCACACGUUGACAGCACGAGGCAUCUGGAAGACAACUUCCACCAUCUCUUUCACCGUCGCUGUAGGAGAUGGGCCUAAAAACCUAACCUGCACCGCCAAGUUCUGGGGCAACAAGCAACAAGACAGCACAGACAAUCUAAAUGUGAAGGGAUCACUGAUGUACCAGUUCAGAAGAGGUCUCCUAAUUGCUGUUCCAGUUUUCUUGAUUGUCACCGUACUUGGAGUUGUGAUUUAUAAGAAAAGGAAGGCGAUAUGGAGCAGAUUUUCCAGAAGACACCAUAAAGAGAGACAGAAUCCUCCUCCUCGGCCAGAAAAACGGAGAUCAAUGUGGAGUAGAUUUUCCAGACACCAAACAAACACUUCAGACUUCAGUGUUGGCUAUUCCAGCUCUGCCGCUGUUACCUGUUAUGAUGCUCAAACGUCUAAACCACGUUUCUCAUCCCCACAGACUGACUGGAAACCUCCUCGUCCUAAAAAGCCUUAACUGAGCAGUGCAAUGGAUCGCAAAUUGUAAGGCAAUGCUCAAGUUCUCUGAUACGUCGCAGAAUCUUCACCUGCUUUUUCAGUCACGUAGCUGAUAUUAUUCAGUUGCUUGUGUUUGUGUGUGAUUUAAAAUGAUGAUGCCCUGCCACUUCUAUAUACACAUGCCAUAAUCAGCUGUACCCAAACUGUACUCCUUUGUUAAAUAUUAUACAGCUUUUGCUUUUUAUUCCAUUUAGCAGCAUUUAAGUAAUAAUGUCUUAAUGUAAAAGCUAGUAAUAUAGAGAUUAAACAUUAACUCUUCAGAAGAUAGGUUGUGUCUAGGCUUUGAUUUAAGUGUUUCAUCUGUAAAAAACAAUUGUCUCUUAUUUUUUAGACCGAGCAGUAACAGUAUGAAUAAUUAAAAAGUGCACUCUUAAACACAAUAAAACACAGACACCAUCAAUAAAAAUACAAUGUUAUAAAACAGACUCCAAAUACAGUAUCAAUAUGAGUGAAAAUAAAGAGCAAAGUACAGUGCAGAGUGGGAAUUAUUUAAGUGACUGUGGGAAGAAACUGGACAAUGUUUUUGCUCUAGUUUUUAAUGCCCUGUAUCAUUAAGCAUCUAAUGUAGACACCUACUGUAUCUGUAGGCAGGGUGGAGAAAAGGGGACAUCCAGGGUGAGUGGGGUUGAAAUACAACUGGCUGUUUUUAGGAAUCACCUGUGUAAAUGUCUUACAUCUUUUUUAUUGGCUUAUUUUCAAGUUAUUUUACCAAAUGAAAACAAUGUGUGAGCAUGUAAUUUCCAGAGAACUUUGUUAUUUUUAAAUAAAAUGUUGUCAGAAGUG